CCUCGCUAUGAUGUACCGGGGGUUCAACGCCGACUACGAGGCAUCCUCCUCCCGGUGCAGCAGCGCUUCCCCGGCGGGGGAUAACCUCUCUUCUUAUUACCACUCCCCAGCGGACUCCUUCUCCAGCAUGGGCUCCCCUGUCAACGCCCAGGAUUUCUGCACAGAUCUGGCUGUUUCCAGUGCCAACUUUAUACCCACAGUGACUGCCAUUUCCACCAGCCCAGACCUGCAGUGGCUAGUCCAGCCCACCCUCAUCUCUUCCGUGGCACCCUCUCAGACCCGAGCCCAUCCCUAUGGGGUUUCCGCUCCUGCAGCUGGUACUGGUGCUUAUGCCAGGGCUGGCAUCGUGAAGACCACAGGAGGCAGAGGACAGAGCAUUGGCAGGAGGGGCAAAAUUGAACAGCUGUCUCCAGAAGAAGAGGAGAAGAGAAGGAUCAGGAGGGAAAGGAACAAGAUGGCUGCAGCCAAAUGCCGAAACCGAAGGAGAGAACUGACUGACACCCUCCAAGCGGAGACGGACCAGCUGGAGGACGAGAAGUCCGCCCUGCAGACCGAGAUCGCCAACCUGCUGAAGGAGAAGGAGAAGUUAGAGUUCAUCCUGGCGGCCCACCGGCCCGCCUGCAAGAUCCCAGAUGACCUGGGUUUCCCGGAGGACGUGGCGGCCUCCUCCCUCGACCUCAGCGGGUGCCUGCCGGAAGCCGUCACCCCGGAAUCGGACGAGGCCACCUUCCACCUGCCCCUCUUACAGGAGCCCGAGCCCAAGCCCGCCCCGGAGCCGGGCAAGAACGGCUCCGGCCUGGAGCUGAAGGCCGAGCCCUUCGACGACUUCCUCUUCCCGGCUUCGGCCAGGGGCUCCGAAACCGCCCGCUCGGUGCCGGACGUGGACCUGGCCGGCUCCUUCUACGCGGCGGACUGGGAGCCCCUGCACGGCGGCUCCCUGGGGAUGGGCGCGGCGGCCGAGCUAGAGCCUCUGUGCACGCCCGUGGUCACCUGCACCCCCACGUGCAGCACGUACACGUCUUCCUUCGUCUUCACCUACCCCGAGGCCGACUCCUUCCCCAGCUGCGCCGCGGCCCACCGGAAGGGCAGCAGCAGCAACGAGCCCUCAUCUGACUCGCUCAGCUCUCCGACCCUGCUGGCUCUGUGAGCUGAGGAGGUGAGACAGGGCGGGGGGCUCGGCCCCGCCGCCGCUGCCGCCACCGGAGCUUCUGCGUUGCAAAAAGGAGAAAUCCGUCUUCCCGCCGGGGUUCUUGUGGACCCAGGGAGGACAAGUAUAUCUGUGCGUGCAUCAAAGCGGGCCCUGAGCCUCUCAAGGACACGGAUGAAUCCCACACGUGGACCGGCGUCCUUACCUCUUCCAGAGAUGUAGCAAAACGCAUGGAGUGUGUAUCGUUCCCAGUGACACAUCAGAGAGCUGGUAGUUAGUAGCAUGUUGAGCCAGGCCCGGGUCUGUGUCUCUCUCUCUCCCUCUCUGUUUUUCUCCGUAGUCUCCUCAUAGCAUUAACUGAUCUCUUGGGUUCAUUAAUGGAAUUAACCCGGUGCUGGAUAUUUCCAAAUUGUAUCUAGUGCAGCUGAUUUUAACAAUAACUACUGUGUUCCUGGCAAUAGUGUGUUCCGAGGAUUAGACCUGACCAAUGUUAAGAAAAGAUCUGACUUUAUUUUCUCGUAGUUAGCGACGAAUAGCUAUAUCCAUGUACUGUAGUUUUCUUCGACAUCCAUUGUAACGUUACUGAUCAUGCAUUGUUGAGGUGGUCUGAAUGUUCUGACAUUAACAGUUUUCCAUGAAAACGUUUUUAUUGUGUUUUUAAUUUAUUUAUUAAGAUGGAUUCUCAGAUAUUUAUAUUUUUAUUUUAUUUUUUUCUACCUUGAGGUCUUUUGACAUGUGGAAAGUGAAUUUGGAUGAAAUUUUAAGCAUUGUUUGCUUAUCGUUCCGAGACAUUGUCAAUAAAAAGCAUUUAAGUCGAAUGCGA